UGGAAACCGUACAUUCCUAUUUGACUUUACAUUACUUGGUCAUGAAAAUUUCGGGCUAGUCAAACCUCUUCAUUCUUGCGGCAUUUGCGUCCCGUUGUAGUGCUAUGCAUUUGCAUGGGGCGCUGACAUUACACCUCUAGAUGAGAUGCUCCCCGCGGUCCGGGGACUACCAAAUACCUGCACAAGAACUUUCACUCUUCCUCACUUACAGCUAUAAUGUACUUCCCAAUCAAAGCGCUGGUUGCCACCGCUCUCAUGGCAGCGUCUGUUUGUGCGCAGGGCGCCUUCAUUAACCUGCCUACGCCCGGCUCCAGUAUCACUGCUGGUACCAACUUUACUGUCCAAAUCGGCCGCCCGGACACUAUCACUGGCAGUCAGGAGAUUUCGAUUGUCAUUGGUAUCCAGUCUUGCCCAACUGGGAACUGUCUCCCCCUCAAUUGGGAUUUGGGCACUGUUUUGUAUGCAGGCCCGUUCAAUCCGCAGUUUGGGUCGGGCGCGUAUGACCCAUAUGAGGACUUCUCUGUCCAAAUCCCUGCAUCCUUCGUUACCGGGCAAGCACAGCUUGGACUUGCUCACUUUAGCCUCAUUGGAGAGCUUUUUUGGCCGAACUUGCAACUCGUCAAUGAGACCGUUUACGUUAUUUAGGUGGCCUUGCACCAAGACCUAGGGUAGAAAUAUCUCUUACAUAUAUGUAUAAUCUAUGCUGUUGAUGUAAUGGACGAUGCCCGCUGCGCU